AUGUGCAGGCUGUGCGGGCUGUGCGGGGUGUGCGGGCUGUGCGGGCUGUGCGGGGUGUGCGGGGUGUGCGGGCUGUGCGGGCUGUGCGGGGUGUGCGGGCUGUGCGGGCUGUGCGGGCUGUGCGGGCUGUGCGGGGUGUGCGUCAUGUGCAGGCUGUGCGGGCUGUGCGGGGUGUGCGGGCUGUGCGGGCUGUGCGGGGUGUGCGGGCUGUGCGGGCUGUGCGGGGUGUGCGUCAUGUGCAGGCUGUGCGGGCUGUGCGGGCUGUGCGGGGUGUGCGGGCUGUGCGGGCUGUGCGGGGUGUGCGGGGUGUGCGGGCUGUGCGGGCUGUGCGGGGUGUGCGUCAUGUGCAGGCUGUGCGGGCUGUGCGGGCUGUGCGGGCUGUGCGGGGUGUGCGGGCUGUGCGGGCUGUGCGGGGUGUGCGGGCUGUGCGGGCUGUGCGGGCUGUGCGGGGUGUGCGUCAUGUGCAGGCUGUGCGGGCUGUGCAGGGUGUGCGGGGUGUGCAGGCUGUGCGGGGUGUGCGGGGUGUGCGGGCUGUGCGGGGUGUUCGGGCUGUGCGGGGUGUGCGUCAUGUGCAGGCUGUGCGGGCUGUGCGGGCUGUGCGGGCUGUGCGGGCUGUGCGGGGUGUGCGGGCUGUGCGGGGUGUGCGGGCUGUGCGGGCUGUGUGGGCUGUGCGGGGUGUGCGGGCUGUGCGGGCUGUGCGGGGUGUGCGUCAUGUGCAGGCUGUGCGGGCUGUGCGGGGUGUGCAGGAGCAUCGCGGGUUUUGCUGGGGAGCGUCUCGCAGUGAGCAGCUCCGGCAUCGCCGUGACCUCGGGUACGGCUGGUGGCAGCUCCUGGCAGCACCACGGCCAGCACUGCCGGACAACAGCUGCCAGACAACGGCUGCCGGACAACAGCUGCCAGAUAACGGCUUCCGGACAAUGGCUGCCGGACAACAGCUGCCAGAUAACGGCUGCCGGACAACAUCUGCCAGAUGACGGCUGCCAGAUAACGGCUGCCAGAUAA